UUGAAAACACGACGAGCCUCCAAACACGGAGCACCAAUGGAGGAAGAUAACUCUCAAAUACUCGAAGAUGCCCACUCUGAGUUUAAAAAGCAGAAUUUUAACCAGGCAGAGGAGCUGUACACAAAGUUUAUCGCUUCCUGCUUACAGUCCAGGGAGUGUGACGCUGGCAGUCUGGCCGCUGCUUAUAACAACCGCGGACAGAUAAAGUACCUCCGGGUGGACUUUGAUGAAGCGGUGCAGGACUACAGCUCCGCCAUACAGGCUGACAGCCACUAUGAAGUCCCCCUCUACAACAGAGGACUCAUCCGCUAUAGAUUAGGCUUCUUUGACGAUGCCAAGAGUGAUUUCCAGCAAGCUUUAAAGCUCAAUCCAGACUUUGAAGACGCCAAAAUGAGCCUGCAACAGACGCUUCUGGACCAGCAAGAGAAGAUGAACCGGGGAUACUGACAGCCGGGUAACCUACUGAGGACACAUCGGAUCAACCCUGCAGUCUGGUGGUUACCAGCGCACAGGCUGUGAAUCAUUGUCAGUUUGUUUUAUUUAAUUUGUUGUGUGACGUCAUUUAACAUGAAGCAAUCGGCACGAACAGCUGAUAGAUGCAAAAUACAAAACAGACAUCUCGUUGGAUCAGACGGAGACAGCUGAUGGAUUUUUGAUAAGUAGCACAUUAAGGGAUAAAGGAUAUUGCUGUGUGACCCUGUGAGCGGACAGUAAUCGAGGUCAAACAAUGAGCCUGAUCAAUGUUGGUGCACCACGUCCAAGACUUUGGGAGGAGUUUUGUACACAAACCAUAAUCAGAACCUGACAUACAGUAAUAAUGAGGAAUCUCUGCUGCAGAGGGGAAAAAAAAAACAACUUUUCAUGUCCUAAAUUGGUGCAAGCUGCUGUGUAGUUUUAAAGAAAGCUCAGAAUCUGUAGGUUUAUGAUAAAACACAAAUGUACAUAUGUUUAAAAUCAAUGAACAAUAAAUUAUUUUACUAAACA